ACUUUACUCUAUUCAUAGGCAUACACACUAAUAUUUAAAAAUAAAAAAUUUAACCAUGGCUACACAAGUUUUUCUCCCUUUGUGGUUCUUCUCUAUGAUCACAUAUUUCCUUUCAACAAAGGCUACUAUUGAUAACUACAUCAUCCAUAUGGAUUUAUUAGCCAUGCCUAAAGCCUUCUCUAGCCACCAUAAUUGGUACAAAGCUACCCUUUCACUGGCAAUGAAAAAUGACCAUAAUACCCCUCUUCCCUCUAAUAAGCUAAUCUAUUCCUACAAAAAUGUCAUGAAUGGUUUUAGUGCAAGUUUGACACCUCAAGAGCAUGAACUCAUCAAAGCCUCACCAGGUUACAUUUCUUCAAUUCUUGAUGCCCAAGUCAAACUCCACACAACACACACUCCAAAAUUCCUUGGCCUUAAUCCAAGUUUUGGUGCAUGGCCUAAUUCACAAUAUGGCAAAGAUGUAAUUAUUGGUUUGGUGGACACUGGGGUUUGGCCAGAAAGUGAGAGCUUCAAAGAUAAUGGUGGAUUCACCAAUGUCCCUUCAAGAUGGAAAGGUCAAUGUGAGAAUAGCAUCCAUUUCAACUCAUCAAAUUGCAACAAGAAACUCAUUGGUGCUAAGUUCUUUAACAAAGGGUUGAUUGCAAAGAACCCUAAGAUCAAGAAGAUAUCCAUGAACUCUACCCGUGACAUUGAAGGCCAUGGUACUCAUACCGCAUCGACUGCUGCCGGUAGCAGAGUUUAUAAUGCAUCAUACUUUGGGUAUGCAACUGGAACAGCCACAGGAACAGCACCAAUGGCACGUUUGGCUGUGUACAAGGCCUUAUGGGAAGAAGGUGCUGUCUCUUCAGACAUAAUUGCAGCCAUUGAUAGUGCAAUUGAAGAUGGUGUUGAUGUUCUUUCACUCUCAUUUGGUUUUGAUCGUACGCCUUUGUACACUGACCCUGUUGCAAUAGCCACGUUUGCAGCCGUGGAGAAAGGCAUAUUUGUUACCACUUCUUCAGGGAACGAUGGACCUUUCCUUGGAACACUUCACAAUGGAACACCUUGGGUUAUAACCGUUGCUGCUAGCACUGUGGACCGUGAGUUUCACGGAACAAUAACAUUAGGCAACGGUGUUGAAAUUACCGGAUUGUCCCUCUAUCCGGGUCCUGAUGUAAUUAGCCACACUUCAAUAGUGUACGACAUGGCGUUUUGCAACGACACUAAUGAGCUACACAAAGUUAAGGACAAGAUUGUUGUGUGUGAGGAAAAUGGAUUAGUCUCUCUUGAUGAUCAAUUUUUCAAGGUUGAAAAUUCGAAAGUGUUUGGUGCUGUGUUCAUAACAAAUAGUAGUGACAUCUUGUUCUACUUACAAAGCAGUUUCCCAACACUUUUUGUUAAUCCCAUGAAUGGUAAGAUUAUUAAGGAUUACAUUAAGGUUGGUGGCAAUGGUUCAAAAGCUAGCAUGUCUUUUAAGGAAACAAUUUAUGGUACAAAACCAAACCCUAGUGUUGAUAGUUAUAGUUCUAGAGGGCCAUCGUAUAGUUGUCCAAAUGUUCUGAAACCGGACAUAGCGGCUCCCGGAACGUUGAUCUUGGCGGCGUGGCCGUAUGCGACUCCGGUUGCGCAAUUGGGAUCCAAAAACCUUCUGAGCAAUUUUAAUCUGUUAACUGGAACAUCAAUGGCAUGUCCUCAUGUUGCCGGCAUAGCUGCCCUUCUUAAGGGUGCAUACCCUCAAUGGGACCAUUCAGCAAUAAGGUCGGCAAUAAUGACAACUUCGGAUAUAUUGGACAACACAAUGAAACACAUCAAAGACCUUGGCAAUGGUAAGAAAGCAACUCCUCUAGCCUUAGGAGCUGGUCAUGUCAACCCAAAUAAAGCACUUGACCCUGGCCUAGUUUACAAUCUUGAGGUGCAAGAUUAUGUGAACCUUCUUUGUGCAAUGAAGAUGACACAAAAAGAGAUCAAAGCAAUCACAAGAAGAUCUUCAUACAAUUGCCCUAAAAACCCUAAAUUGGAUCUUAAUUACCCUUCUUUCAUUGCUUUCUAUAAUGGAAAGAAACCUUCUUCUAAUAAUGAGUCAAAGACAUUAGUUCAUGAAUUUCAUAGAACAGUUACCAAUGUUGGGGAGGGACAUGCUAUCUAUGUUGCUAGUGUUACACCAAUAAAAGGGUUCCACGUCAGCGUGGUCCCAGAAAAGUUGGUGUUCAAGAUGAAGAAUGAGAAGCAAAGUUACAAGUUGAGGAUUGAAGGUCCAAAAUUGAUGAAGAAGCAAAUUGAUUUUGGGUAUCUAAGUUGGACCGAUUUGAAGCAUGUUGUGAGAAGUCCUAUUGUGGUCACAAGCCUGCCCUCCACUUAGAUCAUCAACAUAUUUAAGUUUUACCAAAGAAAGUAGUGGUUAUUACUAUCUAUGAAUCAAUUGCAAUUAGUAUUUAUAUAUAUUACUAUUAUGCAUAAAAUUGAUAAAUAAUAACCACUUCCCAAUUCUUGUUAUCUGAUGACUAAUUCGGUAAUUAAUAAUUAUGAAUG